GAAUCUGUUCUGGAAAUAGUGAAGGGAACCGAAAAAAAAAAUUAAUUCCAAAAUUCCAAUACACCACAUAGAAUUUCCAACGUUGCAGAAAGGGCACAUACAUAAUUGAGUUUUCCAUAGAGCAAAAGGACAUUUUCGAUAAAUUGAAAAAUCCUUGCACGUUAUCGAUAGCAGUUAGUUGGGUGGUGUGUUGUGGUUUAGUGCAUUCACGUUUAUUGGUUCAUUUAACCGCAACACAAAACAUCGAUGUCGCGCUUGAAAAUUACCCCGGAAACGAGCCAAUUUUAUCUCCUGAAAAGGCUAUAAAAAGAAACUGCCUUCGCCAGACGAUUAUUGGUUUUUAUUUUUUAUUUUUAAAUAUAAAUUCAGUGCACUUCUGUUUCUAUAUGUAUAAAGAAGGAGAUAAAUAAGUGUUGGAAUACAGAAACAUAUACCAUAGUAUAAAAGAUUUACCCACGUUCAUUGUGUUCAUCCCUGUACUCGAGUAGGUACCUCUAUUCUUGCCUCUUAAAAGUCCUUUUUGUGCUGAAGAACGAAAUGGAUAACGGCCACAGUUAUGCGUGUACUGCAAGCUUCAGCAACGAACGGUUUUGCUGAGAACAGACAUCACACAAGCACAACAGCAACAACAAUAUCAUCAUCAUCUUCAUUAAGGACCGAAUUAUCCUCGUCAUCAUCAUCACCACCACCAUCAUCAGCUAGAUCGACAGAAACAUUUGGGAACAAUAACGAAAAUGACAGGACCCAUCCGAAUCCGAAUCCAAAUCCGAACAGCAAUUUAGAGCAUUUUACCAACAACUCAAGAACCACUACCACCUCCAACUUCAAUUCCAAUUCCAAUUCCAAUCCCAACUCCAAUUCAAUCUCAAUCUCAGCCUCGGCCACUGGCAUCGUUAAAGGCACAAUCCCAAAUACGACAUCGUCGUCGUCGGCUUCAUUAUCAACCCACCAACUACAAAAUUCGCACAAUUGCAAAACAACAUCAGCUACAGGAACAACAACUACAACAACGAAUCCAACUACGACGACGACGUUAUUGGAACAAAAUCAUUGUGAAGCUUCAUCAGUGAUUGAUUCUUCAAAUAAUGACACAACUCUGCUGCUGGAAGAGCAUCAGAAUAAUUCGAUAAACAAAAGUUGUGCUCCACGGGAAGUUGUUGGACGCGGUGUCGUCGUUGUCGAUAGCUUGCAGAAUGUUAACCCAAGUAAUUAUUCAUUUUUUGAAGACUGCGUCAAUGAAUUUGCGAAUUUAGAGAGUUACCGAAGAACUUCUAUGCAAAAUACUGAAGAUUCUUUAAACGGCCAACUAUUAGAUAGAAGCAUCAACAAUUCUGCCACUGUUCAAAAAGAAGAAAAUCAGUCUUUUCAUAGCGGUCACAGUUCACCAUCUUUUGAAGAAAUUCAUUUGGAUAAUUUUGCAUUGGAACGAGAACUCAAUCGAAUAAUAAGAGGCACAUCAAUAAGCGAAGCCUGUGAGGAUGAUAACAGUUGUAAUUGCAAGAGCUUACAAGAGUCCUUGAAAUCAUACGAAUUGAUUCGGGAAAGUAAUUUGCCUAAAAAUGACGACAAUGUUAGCAUUGAUGGCGAUGAUGAUGACGAUUAUGAUGAUGAUCAAAUGGACCCACAUCACAAUGCAGAAUCGAUAACGAGAAUAUCCGAGUUGGAUCCAGAUGAAGAUAGUCUAAUGGAUGAUGAUGAUGAUGAAGAUGAAGAAUAUUUGAGUUCUCAAGCAUCAUCGUGUACAUCGGUAAGCACACCGCAGCGUUCACACUUUCCUCGUGGUAUUAUAAAUCCGAAUUACCCUGGUUUCCAGCAUUUAGCACACACCUUGUCUGAGCACUAUAUCAGUCAUCAAUCGUCUGAUCCCUACGACAGUGAUCUUUCGGAAUAUGAAAUGGAACUAAGUGUGGACAGUUUUGAAUGUGAGUUCCUCGAUGGUGGAAGUAGUUCUUUGGGAAGCAAUAUAAUGCACAACAAUAACAAUAAUCUCAAUACCGUCAUGGUUAUCAAUAAUAAUCUUAUUGACAGCAAUAAAACUGUAGUUGCCAUGGAUGACAGCGAAGAUAAUUUCAACAGACAUCUAUCAAGAACAGAUGAUGUUGAUGGUGGAGGUUUGACAGUUCUUCCUUUGAUAAACGUCACUCAAAGUUACAGCGAUACAAAUCGUAACAACGCCACCAACAACACAACCACCACCACCACCGAUGAGAAAGAGCCUAAUAACCUACAAACCUAUUUGAAGCUUUACGAUUCUACAACUCAACAACAGGAACACGACGAACGCAGCAAAAGUUUGGAAAUUGAAAUUCCUCAAGAUGAUGGCAACUUUGGUUGUCCAACACCAGAUAUUCUCAUAAAGAACUAUGACAGCGAGCGUUAUUGUCGUCGAGUGAAACCGGAAAAUAGACCAGAUUUACUAAGGAACGUAAGUCCAAAUCCACCAAUGAAAUGUCGUUUCGAAGCAGCUUUCAUGGAGGACGAAGACAAACGACAGCAACAACAACGAAUCACAUCAGAACGUGAUUCCCCACCUAAUACACUUUGUACGGAUAGCAAGAGUGAUAUGGGUCGUGAUGAUAUUUCACUGGGCUUGACUCCGGUGGAUAUUGUCGGUGAUUUUGGUCAGGAGGUGGAACGAGAGUUCGGACUCAUCGUUAGUGGAUAUAAUAGCCGAUUAGAGUUUGACAGCUAUCCAACGGGGGCAUUUUACUUGUAUAAUGUUGCAGAAGCCGAAAAGAUGUCUGAUGCAUUACUCUCGAACGGCACCGAAGAGAUACCAAUUGGCAAAUAUACAACAGAUGUAGACCUAGUGGAUCUACAUCAGACCUACCAUCGAUUGCCUAGUGAGACUACCGAAGGCGAUGCUUUUAUUCUAAAUAAAGAUCAAGACACUCGAAUGGAAGGGGAAACACCAUCAGAAAAUGAAGAUCAUAGAACUUCAGAUUGUAUGAUAUCACAAAGUGGUCCAAUAUCCCAAAAUAGUUGUUUGAAUUCCAUUAUUCCAGCCACUCAAAAACCAGCCACUUGUGAUCAAAAUCUGGAUGAAGAAGAAGAAGAUCAAAAUGCAUCACUUAGUCCGGAGCAAAAGAUCAUCCCAACAGCUAUUGUGAAGCCCAAAUACCAGAAAUCGUCCUACGACGAGCGUCAGUUGCCUCCGAUCGGUCUUGACUUUAGUAUCAAAUCGCGUGCUUGGUUCGAUUGUCCGAGCGGCAGCAGUAGUAAUAAUACGCGUAGCACAAAGAAAUCUCAAAACGAUCGUAAUAGUAAAAUUUACAAGUCAGCGAAAUUCGCUCGCAAUAGCUCGAGUAGUAAUUCAACGUCAGUAUCGGCAUCGUCGUCAUCGGCGGCAAGUCGAUUUGGUUUACCAGGUCGACGCAUGGGCAAUAAUAACAAAGGAAAAAUUGCCGUCGUUCAGCCUAUGUUAAAGGAUCCCGAAGAACAUCAUAUGGAUGACAAUGGCGAGGACGAUGAAUACGACGAGAUUGGGGAGGAGCAAGUAAUUGACAUUAAACCAGUAGAACCGCAUUGUACUCGAUAUAGUUUCGCUUCGUGGGCGGCCAGUCUUCGGGAUUCGAAGCGAUCGAAUCACAGAACUGACGAAGCAGGUGCAGAUUCUUCAGGUAAAACAUGCUUUGAUGUUUACAAUAUUGAGACGGCCUUGCCGGAAAUUGAUUUAGAUGCAAUUGAAACACAUUUAAAGAGGGCCAACGAGGAAGAGAGACGGAGACGAAAUGAUCGUGAGGAAAUUCGUCGACGACUUGCUAUGGGUGCUGAAGAUGAUUAUUUUAGUAAAUUAGUCAGUAAUAAUGUAAGACCAGGAAGAAAGCCAAGUCUACAAUCACGUUUGAAAAAUGGUAAAAAUCUACAAAUCUGCUUCACAAACGAAGCAUCAUCGGACACAGAAAGUCAUAGUUCCGAUUCAGAGACAUGCCCUAAGCUUUCUCGCAUGGUUGCCCGCAACACCAGGACUGAAGCUCCAAAAUUCUUCUCGUCAAUAGAUGUUCCCGAUCAUCCCUAUAAUUCAAAUACCCUUUCUGUUAGUUGUACAAAUAAUAUUAAUAAUAAUACAAAAAAAUCAACAACACAAAAAUCAGCCAAUGUGCCACAAACCGAUGCUGCAGACAAAGAAUGUGAUUUCUUUACAAGGCAGGCGCGUCUUCAAAUUGAGGCUCGUAUGGCCUUGUCACAGGCUAAAGAUAUGGCUCAUAUGCAAAUGGAGUUGGAUCGACAAAAACAACGCCUGUCACCAAUCACUGGAAUCAUUCGUGGAUCUCUAGAGAAAGUCGGUGUAAUAAUGGCGCCAGAAAAACGCCGAGUCUCUCGACAAAUGCUGACCGACAUGAAUAUCGCUCAAUUGCAAAUUAUUGUCAAUGAACUGCACACACAAAUCGAGGAUCUAAAUGAUUCUCUUGUACAUUAUUUAAUGGAACGCGACGAGCUCCAUAUGGGACAAGAUUCAAUGUUAGUUGAUAUUGAAGACAUUUCAAGAUUUCUAAGCGCAAAGGAACUGGAAGAUGAGCGUUAGGAUCUCUUUGGUGUUAAAAAAUAAACUGUGAAAACCAGCAAGAUAUUUAUAUAUAUAUAUUUCGAAAUCAUCACUAAAAAAUCUUAUCAGUAAAAUAAAAUGUUAAAAUUUAAACACCGUAAGAAUGAUAUAUUAUAUCUAAAACAAAAAUAUUUAAAAAAAAAAAUAUUGUUAAUUGAGAAUAAUUCAAAGAAGCAAUGAUAAAGAUCUGUUAACAAUUUUUUUUCCUCCUGAAAUAUAUACACUCAAACAAAUAAUUAAACAAAAUAAAAAUAGAUAACAUUUUACUCAAAAAAUAAAAAAAAAUCUAGUCAACAAAUUUAAAAAAAAAAACAAUAACAAUAUUGUUAUCUCUCUCUUUUUCUACAAUUAUCAUAUAUAAUGUUACCUACAUUAAAAAUAUUUCACAAUUCUAUAUAUUUAAAAUUUUAUUGUAUUAUACACAUACACACACACUCAAUACACACAACACAUUCAUACAUAAUUUCACAAAAAAAUAACUAAAACCAAAAUUCUUAAAAUGUAGGUAAUAUUUAUAUAAACAAAGUUUGUUCUUUACAAUAAUUCGGUUGAUGAAAAUAAUAUUCCAGAAAAAUUAAACAAUUAAAUUACUAUAAAUACAAAAAAAAAAAACAUUUCAAAAAAAUAAAUCAUAAAAUGGCCUUGAGAAGUGAGUUUUGAGCCAUUGUUUAAGCAAGAAUAUAUAAACUUGCGUGGAUAAAUAAAAUAUAUCAUUCGUAAUGAAAAAGCGAAAGCCUAUAUAAUAUUAAAUAUGUAUUUAAACAAAAAAUAAAAAACCAAGAAGAUAUUGUAAUCAUAUUAUUGCAAAUAAUCAAAUAAUGUUAACAAAAUUUUUAAAUUCCUUAAACAUUCGAUAAUUUGAAUAAAAUAUAAUAAAAAAAAUAUUAAAAUCUA